AUGAGGGACUCCACGAGCCGUGAUUCCUCUCGUGGACUUGAGGCAGUGGCUAGGCAACUUGUGCCUUUGUCUCACAAGCCUAAGGCACCUUCACGAGGGGCUCCACGAGCUGUGGAUAAGGUAAGAAGCAUCCAAGCUACGCUCCUAGCAGUCCAAAGUAGACAGAAAAAGUAUGCAGACCAUAAGGUAAGAGACAUGACAUUUCAGAAUGGUGAGAACAUUCUUCUUAAGGUAUCACCUAUCAAAGGGGUGAAGAGAUCCAACAAGAAGGGCAAGCUUAGUCCUCGAUACAUUGGACUAUUUGAAGUUAUUGACCGUGUAGGACCAGUGGCGUAUAGGUUGGCUUUACCUCCUAACUUAUCGGAAGUUCAUCUGGUGUUUCAUGUGUCCAUGUUGAAGAAGUAUCAUGGGGAUGAGGAUUACAUCAUAAAAUGGUACUCAAUUGUGUUAGACAAAGACCUGUAG